CAAUUUGUCACAUUUGAUCUAUCUUGACGGCGAUAAAAUGACAAACCAUUGUGACAAAGGCAUUUGUCAUUACAGGUCAAAUAUGACAAAAUAGGUAUCUAAUAUGACUAAAUGGACGCGUCAUAACAGGCCGAAUUUGUUGUAGUGAUUAUGUUGGCAAAGGGAUUGGUGAAGGAAGGAACAAGGUGGAGGGUGGGGGAUGGAAGGAGCAUCAUAAUUUGGUGGGAUAGGUGGAUACCAGAAGCGGCGGACUUUAAAGUGCAAACAACAGUCACAGGUCUGGGGAUGAAUGCAAGGGUGAUCGAUUUGAUUGAUCCAACAACUCGUUCAUGGAGAAGUAAUCUAUUACAACAACACUUCCAACCUAUUGAUCGAGAACGAAUUAAAUCAAUUCCCAUUCCUGCUCAACCAAGACUAGAUAAGUGGUGUUGGGAUAAAGGAAAGAUCGGGAACUAUGUUAAGAUGGGAUAUCAUGAAUGGAGAAAGAAGCAAAUGGGUGAUCAACCAGAGCAAUAUGAGCCAAUUGACUGGAAAAGGAUGUGGCAUUUGGAACUCCCUCCCAAAGUAAGAGUUUUUGUGUGGAGAUGGGGAUCAAACAUUCUGCCAACAGGAGGAAACCUAGUAAAGCGAAUACUAGAGGCGGAGGAUGGAUGACCAUUUUGUGGACUCGUUGAAACUCAAGAACACAUAACCAGAGAAUGCGAUUGGUCAGGGAGGAUUUGGAGACCUAGCUUCCUAAGAAGACUGUUUGAAAUGGGUGAAGAUCGAAGCUGCGCAGAUUGGCUGUGUGAAGUUCUGGAAAAUGGAAAGGAUGAAGAGAUAUGCGAGUUCCUAAUUACAAUUUGGUUCCUUUGGAAAGAAAGGAACAACCAUCUUUUCAACAACCAGAAAUUGGAAGAGUGGGAAGUAGUUGAAAGAGCCCAGAAUUACCUGGAAGAGUUUCGUAGAGUGCAGGGACCAGCUCCGCCGUCGAUACGCCAUAGCCAAACCUACAAAUGGGAGCGACCAGAGGAGGGCUUGAAGGCGAAUGUUGAUGCAUGUAUUCUGAAGGAAGGAGGGACGAGAUUUGGUCUGGUGGUGCGAAAUGGAGAUGGAGGAUUCGUAAUGGCGGCGGUAAGCCGCACAAGAAUAAAGUGGAGGCCGGAGAUGGCGGAACCGCAGGCCUUCCUCUGGGGUUUGAAGCUGGUGAAACAACAUAAUCUGUUCCCAGUGAUGAUGGAGACAGAUUGCCAAAGUCUCAUGUUUAAGUUGCAGGGGAAGGAGAAGAUCAAUCUGGAAAUUGACACUGUUUGCGAAGAGAUAAGGGCUGGUGUGGAAGGAGAAGAGGUGAAAUGGAGAUUUUGGGGGAGAGAAGGGAAUACAGUGGCCCAUCAAUUGGCUCGGGUGCUUUGUCAUUGGGAAGAAACCGAAAUAUGGUUCGACCGGCCACCUUGUUUCAUUGUACCCGUUCUCAUUAGUGACUGUGCUGGUUUGACUCAUGAAUAAAUAUAAGGCAUACAGGCACUGAUUUAUAAAUAAUAAUAAUAAUAAUAAUAAUAAUAAUAAUAAUAAUACAAACUAUGGUAGCUCUUUGCAUACGCCUUAUAAAGCAACUAAUUUAUUUUUUUAUUUCUCAUAAGUGCAUUUAAAUUUCUUUAGGAUUAAUAAGUGCACGUAAUGAGUAUAAAAAAGAUAAUCAAAACUACAUGGCACUCGUGCCAUGAGUACUGAAAUAAAAUAAAUACAUCAAUAAAAAGUUUUCCCUCAAGAAUGGUCAUACUAUCACAAUUUUAUUUUCAAAUAAUACUUGUAACUUUAAUGAAAAUAAACAUCUAUU